AAAAUAUUUCCUUAUCAAAAAUGUCCAACCAUAUUUUACAUUUUGGAACGUUUUGUCGUUGUUACUACGGGUCCUAAUUAGAAUAUAAGCGUGUCCUUUUGAUAUUUUAAUUUUCCGCCUACCUAGAAUUCAUCCCAAUUCAAUCGGUGCUUCAAAUCGUAUGAACUGUGACAGCUGACUUGAAGGCAAUGAUAGUUGUUCUCAUUUUUUGUGAUCUCUUUUUUUCUUGCACCUUUUAAUCGGUCCGCCGUGUUCUUCACCUUGAAGGGUUUUGGAGCUAUGCUGUAGUGAGGAAUGAGUGAACUGGCUGUGCUAGAUAAUCUAUCCGAUGCAGCUCGCUACUCCUUUGCGGCUGUCUGUGCCUUGGCUUUGAAUCAUCUUUUUAACAACGAUUGGGACCAACCUUUCAACGAAAAAUGUUUGAAAAAACUGUUGGACUUCUUAAAAUUACCUCAACAAACAUGUGGUACGAUGAUCGAGAUUAUGAACACCGACACAGGCAUGAAAAUAGAGCCGUAUGUAUCACUUUUAAAAGAAGAACCACUUAUUCGAAACAAUCUGGCUGUCUUAAUACACACCCUGAUUGAGCUAGCGGUGGCUGAUGGAAUUCUCACUGGAGUUUAUGAUGCAAGGUGGCGAGUGCUGGUGAAGUAUGUCUCAGAAAACUUCGAUCUCGAUGAUGAUUAUGUUGAUUCUGUGGAGUGUACGAUAGUCUACUAUUUAAAGCAAGAUCAUGUUCGAUCAAAAGAAGAAAUUCAAGGAGCUAAAUCCCGAGAGAGGAUGACUAAAGUUAAGCGUUACGCUAUGAUAGGCCUGGCCGGGAUUGGAGGUGGUGCCUUGAUAGGUGUAACUGGAGGCCUAGCUGCACCAUUCAUUGGUGCUGGUCUAGGAACAGUGAUAGGCACAUCAGCAGCCCUAACAGCAUUAGGUUCAGCUGCAGGAGCAGCCGUUGUGGGAUCACUUUUCGGUGUAGCAGGUGCUGGUUUGACCAGUUUCAAAAUGCACAAGCGAGUUGGCGACAUCGAAGAAUUUGAAUUCAAGUACCUCACUAAUAACCAGCAACUUAGAAGCCUCCAAAACGUACCCAGCGGAUCAAAAGAAAGCAUCUUGAGCACUGACAUGGAGAGUCAGUUACACAUUACGAUCGCAAUCACCGGCUGGCUCAAGGAUGAGGCCGAAGACAAUUUUUCCCGCCCUUGGGCGCACCUCCUCAACUCUCGAGAACAGUAUUACUUGAAAUACGAGAGUUCGUACCUACUUGAACUCGGUAAAGCUAUGGAGUAUUUUCUCACAAUGGCAAUUACAGCUGCAACGCAAGAAGCACUCAAGUACACAAUUUUGUCAGGUAUAAUGAGCGCGAUUGCGUGGCCUGCUGGGUUAAUUGGAUUAUCCUCAAUCAUAGAUAAUCCUUGGGGUGUUUGCUGCCGAAGAUCAGCCCAGGUCGGAAAACAACUGGCAGAAAUCCUUUUGUCAAGGACCCACGGGUUCAGACCUAUUACACUUGUUGGUUAUAGCUUAGGAGCUCGAGUUAUAUACUAUUGUCUGAGAGAGAUGUCUGAGCGUGGUAAUUGUGAAGGCAUUGUGCAGGAUGCGUACUUGAUCGGAGCACCUUGCACAGCUAACAGUACAGAUUGGGCAAAACUUCGGCGAGUGGUGGCGGGUAAAUUGGUCAACGGGUAUUCUCGCAGUGAUUGGCUUUUGCGGUUUUUAUACAGGACCCUGUCUCUGUCUCGCAGAGGUGUUGCUGGUCUCCAGCCAAUAAAAUUGGAAGACAGACGAAUGCAUAAUGUAGACCUGACGAAAAUCGUAGGAGGGCAUUUUGAAUACCCAGAUAAAAUAGUCGAAAUCCUGAUGGAAGUUGGUGUGAAAACAUCUAGUAAUUUAAAAACAAUAAAGAAAUCGGUCUCAGCACCAGCUUCGCCUGGAAGACCCCUUAUGAGUAGUUUAUCGCAAUCUCAGUCUGAUAGUAUCUUAGCGCUCCAAAGUAAAGUCUCGAUCAGUGAUAGUGAAACGAAUGUCAACUGCAAUAUUUCUCGAGAUGAUAGCACGAACAGUACAAGUAGCUGUUACGAAGCCACAGAGGUGUCUAAAUGACAGUGGAUGGAUUUUAGUAACCCAGCUCUGCUUUGUCUCUUUCUCUUGAGCCAUUUGUUAAUCAUCAGUGAGAAUUAAUGCUCUUAAUCAGAUGGUUUGUUCACCAAGUCCACUGCGCAACUCAAAUUCAGUGAGAAUCAUGCCGUAUUAUUUUUUUAUUCACUCACGCCGAUUUGUAUCGCUUGUGUUGUUGUUCGUCAAUCACAAUUGCAGAAUUAACUAUAUUAUUUUAAUAUUUAAUAUUCCUUUUUUCUUUUUAACCUUUAACAAAUAUGCUUACAACCGAUCAGUCAAAAUAAUAUUAUAGUCUUGCCAUCUUGCUCGCCUGCACCAUUUCCCUCAUUAUUAUUCAUUUAUUGCUUUUCUGUUAAACCAUCAUGCCUGAUGCUUAAAACACUAGCAUUUGCACCCUAUUUUCCAAAAAUUAAGUCAAAGAAAA